GCAGCUGAACAACACGAUGAAAUCAAACGUGUACAGAAGGUAGAGCUCGACGACUUGUCAUCUAGAAAGUUCCAGCACAAGACGUCUCUGAACGAGCGGUGACAGCGUGUCUUAACAGUUUUUUUAAAAGUUAACUUUAAUAGUUAACAUAUUCGACCAUUAAAAUGUCUGUUAUUUCCGAGGAAAAUGUGCGAGGCGGGAGCGUUUUCAAGGAUAUCAGCGCCGACGACGAAGACUGGCAGCCCACUGAGAUCGAGAGUCUGUGUAUGAACUGCUACCAAAACGGUACGACUCGUUUGCUUUUGACCAGAAUACCGUUCUUCAAAGAAAUAAUCGUCAGCUCUUUCAGCUGCGGGAACUGCGGCUGGUCAAACACUGAAAUCCAGUCUGCAGGCCGGAUCCAGGACCAAGGCGUUUGUUACUCACUGAAAGUCAAAACAAAACAGGACUUGAACCGGGAGGUUGUGAAGGCAGACAGUGCGACCACCAGGAUCCCUGAGCUGGAUUUUGAAAUCCCUCCCUUCACCCAGAAAGGCUCACUUUCUACCAUUGAGGGCCUUCUGGACCGAGCAGUUGCAGGGUUGGAGCAAGACCAGCCUGUCAGACGAGCAGCUCACCCAGAGGUGGCUGAGAAAAUAGAUGAAUUCACCCAGAAGCUGAAGAAGCUAAAAGAUGUUGAAAAUGAAUUCACUCUGGUGAUUGAGGAUCCGUCCGGAAACAGUUUUGUGGAGAAUCCACUCGCCCCUCAGAAAGAUGAGGCUCUCACUGUGUCUCGGUUCAAGCGGACGGUCCAGCAGGAUAUGCAGCUGGGACUCAGGGCUGAUGAUGACCUGGAAGAGGAACCAGCAGGCAACGACCUGGAGGCCAUGAGAAAUGAGGUUUUGGUCUUCAACACUAACUGUCCAGAAUGCAACGCGCCAGCCUCGACCAACAUGAAGCUCGUCCAGAUCCCUCACUUCAAAGAGGUCAUCAUCAUGGCCACCAACUGUGACAGUUGUGGCCACCGGACCAAUGAGGUGAAAUCAGGUGGAGCCACGGAGGACCUCGGCACCAAGACCUCCCUGCACAUCACCGACCCUUCAGACAUGACCCGAGACGUGCUCAAGUCGGAGACGUGCUCGGUCGUCAUCCCGGAGCUUGAGUUUGAGCUGGGGAUGGCAGCUCUGGGAGGAAAGUUCACCACUCUGGAGGGACUGCUGAAAGAUAUCAAAGACCUGAUCGUCUCCAAAAACCCCUUCAUCUGCGGUGACAGCGGCACCUCUGAUCGGGUGCAGAAGCUGAAUGAGUUUGGAGAGAAGAUAGACAAAAUUAUCGCAGGAGAAAUGAAUGUCCAUGUCAUCCUGGAUGACCCGGCGGGGAACAGCUAUUUGCAGAAUGUGUACGCCCCAGAGCCCGAUCCUGAGAUGACUGUGGAGAAGUACACCCGCUCUUUUGAGCAGAACGAAGACCUCGGUCUGAAUGACAUGAAGACUGAGGGAUACCAAGAGGAAAACUGAACUGCCAGCACCAGUUGAAAUGACUAAAUGAGUUGUCAAUUGAUCAUGUCUUGACAUAAACCCAGUGUAAUUAUAUUGCUCCAUAUUUUUUGCCAUUUUCAUACAUUUUAAGUUAAGCACUGGCUGAAUGGUUGUUUCCAUCAGUAUGUUAAUCAGUGAAAGGAAUUCUGAGUUAUCUAAAUGUACAGUGAAAAUAAUUAAAUAUAAAUACACAUAAUCAAAGUAACGUGAUUUGUGUAACAACACAGGGAUUUUGCUCUUACUAAAAAUAAAUCUGGUGUUUAUUGCAUUCUUGUGGAA